AUGUUCACCGGUAUUGUUGAGGCUAUUGGGACUAUCAAGGAGGUGAAGAAGGUCGGCGAUAACGACGACCUUGGUAUCGUCAUUUCUGACGCCUCGUCAGUUCUUGGCGACUGUCAUUUGGGGGACUCGAUUGCCGUCAAUGGCACUUGUUUGACGGUCACGGAGUUCACUGAUUCAGAGUUCAAGGUUGGUGUUUCGCAAGAGACUUUGCGCAAGACAACCAUUGGAGAGUUGGGUGUUGGCGAUAAGGUCAAUUUGGAGAGAGCAGUUUCUGGCGACAUGAGAUACGGAGGCCAUAUGGUGCAAGGCCAUGUCGAUACCGUUGCCAGCAUUGUUGGCAGAGAGCCGGAUGGAGACAGCAUCCAGUUUGAGUUUGAGUUGCGCGACAGGGAGUUUAUCAACUACAUUGUUCCGAAGGGCUUUAUUUGCGUCGACGGAACCAGUCUGACUGUGAUUGACGUGAACUACGAGAAAGCCAGAUUUAAAAUCAUGAUGGUGUCUUACACACAGGCAAAGGUGAUUAUGCCACUGAAGAAGAUAGGCGACAAAGUCAACGUCGAGGUCGAUGUGGCUGGAAAGCUGAUCGAGCGUCAGAUCCAGGUCUCUUUGCAGAACAAGGACAGCGCCUUUGGAAGAAUAUUGGAAGAGCUUGUGGAGAGAAAAGUUAGGGAAGUAUUGCAGAAAUAA